AUGGUGCUCGGCAUGAACAACACCCCGUCCGCCAGCACGCGGCGCGUCGGGGUCAUGACCAGCGGAGGAGACUCACAGGGCAUGAACGGCAUGGUCAGGGCGGUGGUCCGCAUGUCGAUCCACAUGGGAUGCGAGGCCUACGCCAUUCUAGAAGGCUACCAGGGCCUCGUGCGAGGCGGGGACGCCAUCAAGCGCAUGUACUGGGACGACGUCCGCGGCUACCUCUCACUCGGGGGCACCUUGAUCGGCACGAAACGUUGCCGCGAGUUCUUUGAAAGGGCCGGCCGGCUCAAAGCUGCGAAGAACUUGAUCGUCAAGGGUAUCUCAGGACUCAUCAUCUGCGGCGGUGACGGCAGUCUGACCGGCGCCGACAAGUUCAGAUCUGAAUGGCCAAGCUUGCUGGACGAGCUGGUCCAGACAAGACAGCUCACACCCACCCAAGUCGAGCCGUACCGACACCUCAACAUCUGCGGCCUCGUCGGGUCCAUCGACAACGACUUCUCCGGCACCGACGCCACGAUCGGCUGCUACUCGUCGCUCGACCGGAUCUGCGAGAUGGUGGACGCCGUCUUCGACACCGCGGCGUCGCACAUGCGCGGCUUUGUCAUCGAGGUCAUGGGCCGGAACUGCGGCUGGCUGGCGCUGAUGGCCUCGAUCGCCACGGGCGCCGACUACGUCUUCAUCCCGGAGAAGCCACCGGGCCCGGACUGGGUGGAGGAGAUGUGCGAGAUCGUGACCAGCCACCGCACGCUGGGCAAGCGCCGCACCAUCAUCAUCAUCUCCGAGGGCGCCCAGGACGUCGAGCUCAACCGCAUCACGGCCGACCAGGUCGUGGCGGUCCUGACCGAAAAACUCGACCUCGACACCCGCAAGACCGUGCUGGGUCACAUCCAGCGCGGCGGCCUCCCGUCCUACUACGACCGCUGGCUCGCGACCCUGCAGGGCGUCGAGGCCGUCAAGGCGCUGCUCGAAGCCACGCCCGACACGCCGUCGCCGGUGAUCACGGUGUGCGAGAACAAGAUCUUGCGGUCCGACCUGCAGGAGUGCGUCCGUCUGACAAAAUCCGCGGCGGCGGCGGUCAAAGCGAAAGAUUGGGCCAAGGCCAUGAAGCUGCGCGACGUCGAGUUCAAGGACUACUUUGACUACUACAAACUCACCACGUCCACGACCGAAGAGAGGCCGCGUCUGCGACUGCCCAAGGAAAAGCACAUGCGGAUCGCCAUUAUCCAUAUCGGUGCCCCUGCGGCUGGCAUGAACCCGGCGACUCGAGCCGCCGUGGCUUACUGCCUUUCUCGCGGCCACACGCCCGUGGCGAUACACAAUGGGUUCCCUGGAUUGCAGAGGCACCACGACGACAAACCGAUCGGCUCAGUGCGAGAACUCAGCUGGAUCGAUGUCGAUGACUGGGUGAACCAGGGCGGGUCAGAGCUGGGCACUAACCGCAGUCUGCCGAGCGAAGAUCUCGCGACGACGGCCUAUUGCUUCGACCUGUAUAAAUUCGACGCCCUCUUCUUGAUUGGAGGCUUCGAGGCCUUUACGUCGGCCAGCCAGAUCAGGAACAACCGCGACCGGUAUCCUUCUUUCCGCAUUCCCCUCCUCGUCCUGCCAGCCACCAUCUCCAACAACGUCCCGGGGACCGAGUACUCGCUGGGGAGCGACACGUGCCUCAAUACACUAGUCGGGUUCUGCGAUGUGAUCCGGCAAUCGGCGUCGGCCUCCAGGAGAAGAGUCUUCGUCGUCGAGACGCAGGGUGGCAAGUCUGGCUAUCUGGCGACCAUGACGGGUCUCGCCGUCGGUGCUCUGGCCGUUUACACGCCAGAAGACGGCAUCAACAUGCACAUGCUGUUGCGAGAUAUCGACUUUAUCCGCGAAGACUUCCAGGACGACAAGGGCGCGUCGAGGGCUGGAAAGAUCAUCCUCCGCAAUGAGCGCGCCAGUCAGACGUACACCACGCAAAUGAUCGCCGACGUGAUCAACGUCGAGGCGCGGGGCAGAUUCGACGCCCGCGCUGCAGUCCCCGCCCACUAUCAGCAGGGCAUGAAGCCGUCGCCCAUUGACCGCAUCCGAUCGUUCAAGAUGGCCAUCAAGUGCAUGCAAUUCCUGGAAGACAACUUCGCUGGCAAAAGCCAGGAGGAAAUCGACGCGAACCCGCUGAACGCGGCCAUCAUUGGCAUCCAGGGGUCGGAGGCCGUCUUCAGCCCCAUGGGCAGCGACCUCGGCUUGGAAGCCACGCAGACGGACUGGGGAUUGCGUCGGCAGAUCAACGAAUAUUGGCGGCCCGUCAAGGGGAUCGUGGACAUCCUCAGUGGCCGGCCCAACGACAUGGAUGGGGAUGCCGAGUAUCUCAACCUGCCUGGAACUCCAGGAGAAGCAUUCAACUCCGUAGCCCCGAGUCGUGCAAUCAGUCCUUUGCCACAAACUCUUUAG